GACAAGCCUAAAUGGAGAAGACAAUGCACCAAGGCAAGAGACUUCUCUGCCCAUCCUGUUGCCAGAGUACAGCAUCCAGACUAUUGAUACAGGCCUGACAAGUGAUACUGACCCUCACCUCUCAGCUGUUGGUGUUCCUGUACAAGUGUCCUCCAUCCAUCCUUACCUACAAGAACAAAACUUCAACCCAAUCAUGGUUUCACUGAAGACAACAACUCCACAGCAAAGAAUCGGCCGUCUCGAGAACACGGCACUUACCAACGGGGAAAGAACACCGACCUCACCAAAGGUUGUGGCAACAGACCCUACCCCUGGCAGAAUUCAACGGCUUAACGAAGAAACAUCUCCGAAAGACAGGCCAAGAGCUACCAAGAGAAGUGAACGCAAAUCAGCCUCCCGAUCGACAUCCAUGGAAAGAGCCACGCAUCCUAAAUCUGUUGCUAGCUCCAGACAGAGAGAGGAUGGAGUUCCCAGAAGAUCGGUGAGUUUGGAUGAGUCAACUCCGUCUGAGCCCCACACCCUCUGCUCCAGCCUCCCAGACUCAGUCAGCUGUCCAGAACUCGAUGAAAUGAUCAGCGGAAAAAGCACAGCAAAAAAAGAGCCGGAGAAGGAGGAAGCAUGUGGACAACAGCGGUCAGCAAGCAAACGCAAAGAGGAAAUGGGAGCAAAAGCUGGGUUAGUUGGAAGCAUGGAGACAAUUGAAGAAGACACAGCACACAUCCUUGUGAAGAAGAAACCACCACCGGGGAACCAAAGUGGGAAGGAAAGUCUGGAUGUGGAGGCCCUGAGCUUGGGUGGAAACAAGGUGGCCACUACCAUAGUACAGAUGAUAAGGAAACAGCUGGUAGUGAGGGGACAUUUAGACCUGCCGUAUCUCACCUUCUCUGACCUGUGCCUCCGACUCUACAACACUGGCAGCAACUGGAAAGUUCUGGCUGGCAAACUGGGACUUACGGUUGAGGAUGUUGAGUUGAUUGACAGCUGCAGCGCCCAGCACGGUCUGCUCGCGGCCGAGAUCGUAAUCCGACACUGGCAGAGAACAGCUGACCAAGACGGCGCGGCUUCCUGCAACCUGCGGAACCUACGGGGCAUUCUCACGGACAUGGGGAGGAGAGAUCUGGUCGACAUGUUAAAGAAAUAAAUGUCUUUAAAAAAAACAUGGAUUUCCUUGAAAAAAGUAUGCAUAUACUGUACUGUAUAUGCUGGUCCUCAGUAGCAUGACUUCCUGCAAACUCAGUGACAUGGGCAGGAGAGAUCUGGUAGACAUGUUACUAUUGUAAAAGAACUAAAUCCUUUGGUUCCUUGAAAAAACUGCUGCAUAUAGUCCCUUUAGGUUUUUUUUAGCCUAGCCUGCUCAACACUCACUCAGACACUGGCAGAGAACAGCUGACCAGGACGGGACGGCGCCCUGCAACCUGCGGUACCUACGGGGCAUUCUCACAGACAUGGGGAGGAGAGAUCUGCUGGACAUGUUAAAGAAAUAAAAACAUUGCAUAUUAUACAUGCAGCUCUUAUUUCCUUUAUCCUAGCCUGACUACAUCACGCUUCUAGCAGCCCUGAAUCUACUGCUCCUUUAGAAGCUUGAUAGUCAACACCCUGAAGUAAGGAGGAAACAUCUUAUAAUCAUAAUCCUGUCAAUAUAAUAUGCAUAUGUGUGCUACUCAAAAUCGAUCAUUUAUUGUCAGAAUGGCAAGUGCCUCUGUUAACAUAGUGUUGGAGGCUGUGAUGAUUGGUAUCCA